AGAAAAAAAUAAUAAUAAUUAUUAUAAUAAUAGUAAUAAUAAUAAAUAAACAUUAAUGGACAGAAAAAAAGUAGCUCUAUAUAUUCUGAGUGUCUUUAUUCACUUUUUGUCUGUCUCUAACAACGUUAUUUCUCCCACAGCGCCAAUAAUUUACACAUCACAUCAUGUGGCAGAUUAUGCAAAUUAGGCGAUGAUGUCAUUCAGUGACUUCUAGUGACUUUUAGCACAGCCAAUAGCUACUUUCCUUACUGAGGAGUUGGCAACACUGUCGCGCUCACAUACAGUAUCUGUAUCUGUAUACAUCUGUUUCGCGCCAUUGGGUCGCAGGCUAUUGUGGGCAAGAUAACAUGGAUUUUUUUGUGACACGGACCUCAAAACUUGUCGAGUCGGCACCAGCAGAGAGACACCAACCAGACGGGCCUAAUAAACCAAAAAGCCAACCAAAAAGAAAAUAUGAUGAAGGGUAUCUUGCUCUUGGAUUCACGGCAGCGGUGGUGGGGACAGAGGAGAGACCGAUGUGUGUCCUGUGUCUUAAACCGCUAGCAGCAGACAGCAUGAGACCCAACAAAUUAAGAAGACACCUAGAGACCACACACCCCAGUCACGUCAAUAAGCCUCUUGAUUUCUUUCAAAGAAAACUGGCAGAAUACCGUCAACAGGAGACUCGCAUGGUAAAAGCUGCAUCAGUAAACAGUAAGGCACAGAUGGCUUCAUAUAGAGUAGCAUACAGAAUCGCGCAAUGCAAAAAACCGCACACAAUUGCCGAGCAGCUCGUUCUCCCCGCUGCUCUAGACAUGGUGUCAAUUAUGCUUGACGAGACAAGCGCCGCAAAAUUAAAAGCCAUCCCCCUGUCCAACGACACAAUUGCGAGGCGUAUAUGCAACAUUUCCAGUGAUCUUGAAGAGCAACUCAUAGAAAAAUUAAAAGACAGUCGUUUUGCAUUACAAGUGGACGAAGCUACUGACAGCAAUAAAGACUGCUUGUUCAUUUCGUACGUCCGCUUUGUAAAUGGCGAGUCACUGUGCGAGGAUUUGCUGUUUUGCAAAUACAUAAAAAAUAGAGCCACAGCCGAUGAACUGUUUAAGAUCAUGGACAAUUACUUUAAAGAACACGGCCUUAAAUGGGAAAACUGUGUGGGCUUUUGCUCUGAUGGCGCACAGACCAUGGCAGGUUCAAGAAACGGGCUGCAGGCGCUAAUAAAGAGGGUUGCGGCAGAUUCGCAUUGGACGCACUGUGUCAUUCACAGGGAAGCGCUCGCGUCAAGACAGCUCAGCCCUGAACUAAAUGAGGUUUUGACAGAAGUUGUGAGCGUGGUAAAUUUUAUCAAAACCCGACCUCUGAAAGCGCGACUAUUCGCCGCACUUUGUGAGGAAAUGGGAGCUGAUCACACAUCUGUGCUGUUUCACAGUGAAGCACGGUGGCUGUCCCGGGGUAAAGUGCUGUCGCGCGUCUUUGAGCUCAGGGCACACAUUCGGAUCUUUUUGGAAGAGGAGCACAUGUAUGAGUCUGCAAGCAAGUUCAGUGAUGAACAAUUUCUGUUGAAACUGGCCUACCUCAGCGAUGUGUUUGGCAAGCUGAAUGAAUUAAAUCUUCAGCUUCAAGGCAAAGACAAGCACCUACCUCACCUGGCAGACAAGAUCACCGCAUUCAUCCGAAAGCUUGAGGUAUGGGGCAGGCGCCUCGAUCAGCAAAACAUAGAUGUCUUUGAGAACCUGAGUGAAGUUGCUGAAACCACUGAAUCUGGAGCCACCACAGUGAUCCCAUGUAUUAAGCAGCACCUCUCUUCCCUGAGUGGAUUGUUUCAAAAAUACUUCCCAAACAACAGUGCCCAGUAUGCCUGGCUUAUGGAUCCAUUCAAUGCAGCAGCACCUGCUGAUUUUAGGUCUGCUGAGGAGGACCAGUUUAUUGACAUGACGUCUGACUCCACCCUGAGGCUCAGGUUUAAUGCUCAGACUCUUAGUGAAUUCUGGUUUGGAGUGGAGAGGGAGUAUCCACUCAUCGGGCAGAGAGCUGUGUGCAUUCUUCUUCCCUUUGCCACAUCAUAUCUCUGUGAGAUGGGCUUUUCAGCUGUUGCUUCACUGAAAACAAAAUACAGAUCUCAGCUGAACAUUGAGCAUGACUUGAGAGUGGCAGUAUCAAGCCUGCAACCCCGUUUUGAGAAACUGUGCAAUGCAACACAGGCUCAUUGCAGCCACUAAUGCAGGGAUAGACCUGUCUUGCCAGAUGGAUUUUACUUCUUUUCUUUUAUUAACAUAUUGCAGUGUGGCACUUUAAUUUUUUCUAAGCUUGAUACAAAUUUUGACACAGCUGCAUUUUUAUUUUCUUUAUUUGUGAGCUUGCUGUUAUUUGAUGUAGAUAGUUUGUAUUUAGAUACUACUUGUUACUUCAAUAAAAUUGAAACAUUUUAA